UAAACUUAAAUAUACACGUUAUUUCAUUUUGACCAAUCAAAUUCAACAAUCAUCGUUGCAUACGAAUUUGCUGCGGAUUUACGAUUCACAAAGAGGGAGUUCUUGCCGAAAUUGACUUGACACGAGACCAGUUCCUUACAAAUAAAUAGACCCACAAAAUGUCUUCUGGAGUCAAAAUAGCUGAAGAUGUCAAGGAAAAGUACCAACUGGUCAAAACAGGGAAGAAAAAUCCAUAUGUUAUAUACAAAAUAGCAGAUGACUUGAAAAAUAUUGUUGUUGACAAACUUGGUGAAGAAGGAGAGACUUUUGAGGACUUUAGACAACAUAUGUUAGCCGCAGCAGAAAGUGGACAAGGAAGAUAUGCUGUUUAUGACUUGGUCAAGGAUGAUGCAUCAAAGAACAAAACAGGAGAUCUUGUAUUUAUAGUCUGGAUAAGUGAUGAUAAGUGUGGGAUCAAGCAGAAAAUGUUAUACUCUAGCUCAAAGGAUGCUAUCAAAAAAGCAUGCGUAGGGUUUAAAAAAGAACUUCAAUGUAAUGAUGAGUCUGAAUUAACAUUAAAGGAACUCAAUGAAAAAAUGAAAUAGAAAAUGACAGCAAAGAUUUAGAGACACUCUCAUGUACAAUUUCUAGAAGUAGCUUUAUGUUUUAGACAUGUAAGUUCUUAAGGAUGAGCUGUCAGAAAUUAACUCUUUUUUUUUUAUGAUAUACACACAAGAUUUUGUUAUCAUGAGCAAAUUUUGGAAGCAUGUAUAUUUUUAUUGGACAUUGUUAACCAUUUUUCUUUUUCUGUGGCCGAAUUUUAUACUUUAUGUGAAGUACAUCGUCUAUCUUGCACAAUUAAAUUUACAAAAAAGAAAAUGUUUGGACAGUUGAUAUUUUUGAACAUGUAAUUGGCUAAAAUAGAAGCUGCGACAAAAGUGCUAAUUUUAAUUUGUGUAGCCUAUUAUUUAUCCUUUUUCUUGCAAUUGACUUGUAAAUUUUUCAGUUUAUUUUUCUUCCUUAACUAAGCCAUAAUGCAUCAUAAUGGGGUAAAAAAAAUUUCUUUUUGUAAAGCAAUGUAAACUUAAAACGUCAAAGUAAAAGAUGCUAGAGUUUAUGGAAAUAUACUUAAGGCACAUACAAGAUCACAUCUGGUAUUUUACAUUACAGCCAGUAUAUUUGUGAGACUGAUGGUAAAAAACUUUAAAUACUAAUAAUUAUAAAAAUCAUUAAUGGUUCUUAAUUAAGUUUUUGAUAACUUUAUAGGUUUAUAACUACAUAGGUCAAUCUGGGAUAAUAGAAUUAUUAAGAACACUGUAUUACCUAAUUUUGUAUACUGUAGUAUUUAUAUUAUUAAAGACUACCAUCUUUUG